AGCAGCAGCAUGUCGGUCUCUCUCUCUCUCUCUUAAUCUCUGUCGGUCCUUUUAUUAAGUUGAGGCAACAACGACUGACUCCUGCCACCUCUCUCUCUUUGAUCUCUUUCUCUCUCUACAUUUUCCCUCUUUAUAUCUGAUCCUCUCUAUGAUACAGCUGCUCUGGCUUACUAGCUCUCUCCUCUGGGUUUUGUUCAUCAGAUCUCUUUCUUCAAUGCAAAUCUCUGUUUCACCAUAUAUCACAUAGAUCUUCUGUUUUGUUUCCUCCAUUUCUCACUCUAUAUCUCUGUUCUUUUCGAGAUAUGAUUAGGGUUUUCAGAUUUUCAGAUCGUAUGUCUGUAGCCUUCAAAACCCACUAGUUCAUCACUCUGUUUGAUAAGAUUCAUAGAGUCUCUGUUCUGGGUUACUUUUGGAAAGGCAAUGGAGGUUCUGGAUCAAAGCCAAAAGGAAUCAUUGGCUGUAGAAACAAAUGAGAUCAAGAAAUGUUGUGGUGAUUGCAAGACCACCAAGACACCCUUAUGGAGGAGUGGUCCAGCUGGGCCCAAGUCUCUGUGUAAUGCUUGUGGGAUUAAGUAUAGGAAGAAAAGGAAUGCUGGGUUGGGUGUGACCAAAGGGUCAGAGAAGAGGAAAGAAAAACCCACCACUACCGCCACCGCCACCACCACCACCACCUCCGCCAAGGCUAGUAGUGGAAGUGCUAAGGGUGGUAAACUGAGGGAGACUUUGAGGGUGAGAUUGAUGAGUUUUGGCAAAGAGGUGGUGAUGUUGCAGAGGCCAAGAUCUCCAAUGAAGAGACAAAGUAGUAGGAAGUUGGGAGAAGAGGAGGAAGCUGCUGUUUUGUUGAUGGCUCUGUCUUGUGGCCAAGUUGUUGCUUAGAAGAAGAAAAAACAAAAACAAAAAACAAAUAUUAGUUAGAAAAGGGCCAACAAGACCCUAACUAAAGUAACUAGCCAAACAUACCUUUCCCCUUUUCUUUAUUUUAUUUUUGUUUUAAUUAAUGUUUGUAGAUCGUAGGUUUUUAAAUAGUGAGUGUGUUAGAAGGCAAGUGAGUGAAAGUUGAAGGGGUUGGAAUGUUUGUUUUUGGUGACACAUUAAAUGGGGAAAUACGUAGUUUCUUGAAACUUUUGAUGUAAAUAUUAUGUUCUAGUUGAUGAGAAAACAAAUUAGAUUUAUCCUUGAUAUAUCAAUGUGCCCUUUCACACAUGUCUGUUUUCAGUCUAUUAACUUACUAAUAUGUGGUAAUAAAUUUGUGUGUGUGUGUGUGUGUACAUGGUACUGCA